GUUCUUAUCUCUUUCUAAUUUUCUCUGAAAUUCCCUCCAUCGUGCAAUAGUUUGCGUGCUUUCACUUCCUAGUAUAAGGAGCAUUUGAAAAUCAACAUUCGGGUAUCUCUUGGCACUGAAGUUUUAUUCUUAGGAAUUUAGGCUGGCAAGUAGAAGAUUUCAACUCUCAUAUCAAUCCAUGGCGAAUAGAAUGGAGUUCAAUCAAGUAGUUAUGGUCUGUCCUUGAUUAUCUCGCUUGAUUCCUCUGCAUUGGCAUCACCCAAUGGUUCUGUCUCUCCUCGAUGUACUACCAGAAGAACUAUUUUGUUGCUUCUAUUGCUGAAGGCAAUGUUUGAUCAGUUAUACCUUUCGCCUUUACUCAUCUUCAUAUACCAGGCAUUGACCUUUAAUAGGUUUUCGGUUUCCGGCCAAGGUUAAUCGCUUUGCACAUGUAAGUUAUUCAUUUCUUCUCUAUGUCUCAUGGUUUUAUCUUUCUGAUUAAUAACAAAACGACUUUUAUUUCACGUUGUCUCAUGAGCACAACAUGCAGAAUAUCUAUUUCUUUUGAUAUUAUUGCCUAAUACGAUGUUUAAAGCUCGGGGGAUCUCCUGCGUCAUUUCUCCUCUUUCUGUUAUUAGGUUACAACUUCAAUGAGUUUCUAUCUACAUAUAAGGUUCAUCGACUUGAACUGGUAGGCUAUUAUUUCCUUCCCGAUUUAUCUAAGUUUGUUGUUUAUGAAUGAUUUUUAUAAAAUAUAGAAAAUGAAUUUGAACGAUGGUUUGGGUACUAUAUUUGUUUGUAAGCAAAAGAGAUGUUUGUGUAGAACAGGGCAGUUGUACUUUCCUAGAGCCCUGUCUAAUUUUUUGUUGUUUGUUUCCGAUACUUUAUUUUUGUUCUUUGCUUAGCUAUUGAAAUAAUAAAAUAAGAUCAAAAUUAGAAGAAAAAAAAGUUUCUUUUCAACUACAAUAUUUUCACUCAUAUUUGAUUUUGUGAUAACUAAUGUUCUCCGCAACCAUAAUUUUCCUCAUUAAUUUUUAUUCUUAUGGUCCAACUCACUAAUCAAAUUUUGAUAUUGUUUUAGAAUUAGUUAGAAAUUGAGCUUUCAUGCAACAGUCUAGGAGUUUGGGGUGUUGAACUUGGAGUAGAAGAGUUAGGAUUGAGUUUGAGAAUGAGAGUGGUGGGGGGGGGGGGGGGGGAAUUCAACUGUAGCAGGUUAAGGCAGAGAAGAGGGAGUUACUGAGGGUAGUGAUCGAAUUGAGGAGGGUGUUGAAAGACGCGGAAGCAAAACUGGAGCAGUUGAAGAGAGAGAAGUGAGAGAUGAUGAGGAUAUUAAUGAAAAUGGAGAGGAUAUUGAAGGACAUGGAAGUGUGCUGAAGCAGGUGAAAGCAUGCAAUGGGGGAGAUGAGCAUAUUUAUGGAAUUGGAGAUGAGUUUUGGUUUUAGCGAACUUAUUAGAAUUGCCCCUGAGGAAGAUGAGUUGGCAAAACACAGGAAGGGGAUUGAGGAGUUGAAGAGCGAGUUGACAAGAACCCCAAUUGGAAGAGAAAUUGAGGGCCGCAGAGAGAAGGUCCAUCAAAGUAGCAAAAAUGGAGUUGCAGAAGGAGGAUUAGAAAGUGAAUGUUUGGUUGAAACAUAUGCUUCUUGAGAUUGAAGAUAGAGUAGAUAAAAAUUUGGUCGUUCAAUGGAGAGUGGUGGCUAUUGGAUCAUUAGGUUUAUGGUUUUUGCAGCUACCACAACCUAAUUCUAUCUUAAAACGAGUAAUUAUUGACUGAUUUAAUGAAGUAGGUCGAUUCUUUAUUCAGCCUGCUGGAACUGAUAGAUAAGAACUGUCUAAUUUUGCGUCAUAUUACUUUGAUCGAGUCUAUUAGUAUAUUGGAGGUAAUCCAAUUUUGUCGUUUGCUCUCAAGUUUUGAUGGUCCUCUCUUAGCUGAGUUGUUAGUAUAUAGUUGACUUUAACCUACAACCAUCCAUUUCUUUUUUAUUAGUGGCAUAUUGCCCCCAAAAUGAGAGCAUUGAACCAUUUACGUAGGAUUGUGAGGUUUUAGAUUCAGUUUCAAACUAUCUAUGGGUCGUGUGGGAAUUCUAGUGAGCUUUUAUACUCUAUCUUUCUUAACAAUCAACUAACUAAUAACAUAUUAACUGGGCUUAAAUAUCAUUAUGAAAAUGAGAUGUUUUAUACAUUUUUAUAUUUUAUUUUCUCAAAUGAUGAUGAUAUUUCUCUGAAUGUUUGACCUAUAUAUUCUUUCUUUAUGUUUCAUCUCAAUUGAAAGAUUGUCAAUAAAAUUAAACGGGUUGAUAGACUUUAACGUAACAUAAAAAGUAUAAAAAAAUCAAAUAUAAACAUUCCGGCCAACGGGCCGGGUUAUAAGCUAGUACAUUAUAAUGUAUGAAAACUUGAAAGGAUGGUCAUUUCCAGCCUAUGAUUAUUGCUAUCGUUUGGAUGGAUCAAUUGUAAAACGAGACAAUUUGACCAAUUGUUUCAUUUUACAAAACGAGUCAUUUAAAACGAGUCAAUUCAGAUUACCUGCCAAACCCAAACUCAAAUUCAUGGAUUUAUUCAUGAAAAAACUCGGGAUAAAUACACAACUAGGAUUAUGCCAAAUUGAUUAAGCAAUGCAAGUUUUGUAAUUAAAGUUUUUGUUGGCCUUUAAUAUUUCAUUUAUUGAUGCAUUUAGCCUUUCAAACAUUGUUGUUUAAGUCUAUUUAAUUGCCUUUAUGACUUUCUUUCAUUUAAAUUAACUUUUGAUUAAUCGAGUUAGCCAAGCAUUUGGAGAAGGAUCCCCUUCAAGAAUAAAUAAAAUUGCAAAAUAAACAAGAACGGGCGGGGUUUCCGUUACAUAGGUGGAUGGCUCUAUGUAUGUUUAGAUCGCAUUCGUGCAACUAUCCAAGAUCGCGGUUCAUCGGUGAUGUGCCUUUGCCCUCUUGGCGAUUAGGAUGCUCUUUUGGGAUGCAUUUCGUUGGUGUUUGGCUCAUUCUUACAGUAGUGCUUUAUUUUGUGGUGAUGCGCAGGUGAUUGUCAGGAUGAUCAAUGCGAGGGACUCGUCGCACAUAGUGAGUGGAGUUUUUCUGCAAGGAACUCAGGUGUUGCAGACUUCAUUCCUUUAUGCAACAUUUCUUUUCGCUCCCCGUGGGUAUAUUAGGGCUGUGUUCAUUCUUUGCCUGAUCCAGUGCUGGUGGGAAAUAUGAAACAUGGACUUGACUUGAUUGGGCCCUACGCGGCUUCUGGUCUUAAUCUUUAGCCCAUAGGAUUUUCAAGAAAGAGCUCGAUCAUCUACAAGAAGAAGAGGCUCUUCCACAAGUGGGCCGGGCCCGAAAAUAGAUAAUGAGGGUCCAA